UUAAGGAAUGGAAGAGUGUAAUGAAUCGACUCCAGCAGUGGUCUGUUCACCCAUCUUUGGUCUCAAACUCUUUCCUAGCUAGUUGAGCUUCAUCAAUCAUCACCAAUGGCAACCACGGCUCUUAACCCCAUCGACAUAAAUGGCGAGAAACAGAAGCACCGCAACCGGGAGGCGGAGGAGCCGGCUAGCCCCGCCACCCUCUUGUUUCACACAACAACUCUCAAUUGCUGCAUCGUCGCCAUUCUUGGGUACACCACUAAACUCAACGUGGAUGUAAUCAAGAAGGGUCUCGAGUGUACUUUGGUUAAUCACCCUCGCUUUUCUAGCAUCCUCGCGAUGGGCGAUAAGAGAUGGAAGAAAAGGUGGAUUCCGACGAAGGUUAACGUGGACGAUCAUAUUAUAUGCCCGGAUUUGGAGCCGGACAUGCAGUCGGCCGACGAGUUCGUGGAAAACUAUGCCUCAAGUUUAACAACAAAAUCGUUGGACAUGUCGAAGCCAUUGUGGGAAUUGCACAUUCUAAACGUCAAAACCUCCGAAGCAAACUCCAUAGCAAUCUUUAAGAUACACCAUUCACUUGGGGACGGUAUUUCUCUCAUCUCUCUGGUCCUUGCUUGUUUCCGAAAGACUUCGGAUCCGAAUUCCCUGCCCACAAUUCCAUCCAGCAAUAGAACCCGCCCCAAAAUUGGGUUUUUCCGACAGCUUUUUUUGUCAGCUUGGCUAUGUUUGACGUUGAUUCUUAACACUCUCGUGGAUAUAACGUUGUUCUUGGCUACGAUACUGUUUCUCAAGGAUACGAAUACUCCGUUGAAAGCCAAAAACGGGGAUGCUUUCAACCCCCGAAGACUCGUGCAUCGUAUUGUUAAUCUAGAUGACGUAAAGCUAGUCAAAAAUGCAAUGAAUGUGACAAUAAACGAUGUAAUGAUGGGGAUGUUACAAGCCGGAUUGUCACGUUAUCUCAACAGAAAAUAUGGUAUCAUAAAAGGGAGUGCAACCAAUAACAAAAAUAAUCUGCCCAAGAAUUUUCGUCUUAGAGGGGCAAUCAUGUUCAACAUCAGAUCAUCCACAGGAAUAAAGGCUUUAGCUGAGAUGAUGGAGAAGAAAUCAAGAGCAAAAUGGGGCAAUAAGAUUGGACUUGCCUUAGCUCCAUUAUUCAUUGGAUUUCAAGAAAACCCUUUGGAUUAUAUCUAUAAAGCAAAAGCCACCAUUGAUCGAAAGAAGCUCUCCAUGGAGUCCAGAUUUUCUUUCACUGCUGCCCGUAUCGUACUCAAGCUUUUUGGAGUUCAGGUUGCUGCUGCUUUAACAAAUAGAGCUUUAUCUAACACAACUAUAAUAGUAUCCAAUGUUGUUGGACCUCAAGAAGAGAUCUCAUUUUUUGGGCAUACUCUGGUGUUUAUUUCUCCCGCUGUUUAUGGGUUACCUCAUUCAUUGGCAAUACACUUCCAAAGCUAUUGCAACAAGAUGACGAUAUCAAUGGCGGUUGAUCCAAAAGUGAUUCCAGAUCCAUACCAACUGUGCGAUGACUUUGAAGAGUCUCUUGCGAUGUUUAAAGAGGCUGUAGUCACAACAUCCACCCUUCAUGCCUUACCUUAAUUGUUGUUAUCUAUUACUUCUUUGUAGUUGUUUAUACUUAUUAACAGGGCCGUUCCAAUAAAAAUUUGGGUCAUGUGCAAUAUCUUAAUUUGGGGUCCCUUUUAAGUAAUUUUUAUAUAUAAAUAAUAGCUGUUCUAAAAAGUUGUAUCAAAAUAUAAAUAUUGUAUAAAAAAU